UCAGCCCUGGAUGUAACCCGGGAAAACUUGGAAGAUCUGUUGGCUUAUGAUGAUCUUUUCCUGGACUACUUCAAUGCUUUUCUUUCACUUCCGGUUUUUCCCCAAGCCCUUGUGUAUGACCGUUUGACGGGUGCGUUUGAAGAGAUUGAUGUGUCUGUCAAGUCGGCCGUGUCCAGCACCUUGCUGGGAGUUACCUCCAAAACUCAGCACUAUGGUCCCACUGACGAUGAGCGAGAGAAGAUGCUCGAGUGGGCCAAAGAAGAACGACUGCCGGUAUUUCUGAGGGCUCGACUAUUUCGGGAACUGAAAUUGUGCAAACUUCUAUUACGGCCUUUGUAUGAACGGAACUCGGCAAGCAGAGGUUCUAGUCAACAGAUCAGGGGCUACAGUCGACAGUCUGAGAGUUAUAUUUCUAGUCUUGGCAACAGCGCUGAUAACAGUGCUGAUGAUGUUUUGGACGAUGAUGAUGGCUGGCCAGAACUGCAGUACUCCGAGCUGUACAAGUACUGUCGGCCUGGCAGCAGGGCUCUCAGUGUCCCAAUCAAAAUAUCAUACCAAGAAUCUGAUAAAAACGUCAGUGACUUGACAUCCACCAGUUCGUUCUCAAUGACAAAGAGCGCAGGACUGACACAGAUGCGUCACACCAGCACUGGGCACCAUCACCAGACUCUCCCGCCGGUGAUGCCUCCAAUAGAGUCAGCCACACGAUCAAAGUCUUCAACAAAUGCUGGGACUGCCAAUACCCCCAAACGAGCUACAAGAAUUUCUUCUCAAGUGGAAGUUUUUCAUACUGAAGAAAGCUUUGAAGGUGGUGGAACCAAGUCAUCUCGGGAAAGAAAGCAAACCUACCCAUCAUCCACUGAAGAAGCAUUUAUCAGAGGGUCAAGAGUACUAUCUGCUCCAGUAAACUUUGAUUACUACCUCAAGAGGCCAUUUAACAAUUGUGAUUUUGAUCAGUUGUUAGGAGAAAUUGAGCCUGAACCACUGGGGAAGCCGUAUGUGAUGUUUGAAGAGGAGGAGGCGGACGAGCAGCAAACGGAGCUGGAUAUGAGGAAUCUGGAAGGACAGCUCAAGAUAACCAUCCAGCAGCUCAAGGAACAUAUUCUCGGAACGUAUGCUGGUAUUGAAGCUUUUAAAGUAUUCCUUGAAAACACUUCUGGUCUACAUCUCCUCAACUUCUGGCUUGACUGUGAGUUUUACAAAGACAUGAUGGAGGAUGAAAAUGAUGUUAACUGUGUGGAGCAGAGAAACAUAUUGUUCAGGGAUAUACAGGACAAAUACAAGUUUAAUUUGUCCCAGGAUGCCAAGGAGCAGAUUGCAAAGACUGCCAGUAAUGUGGGAUUAAGUCAUACAAUAUUUCUACGCACCCAGUAUGACAUCCUUCGCCGUUUGCGUGUCUACUGGGUACCUCGUUUCCUCAUCCAUUUUGAAAGAACAAAACAUUUCAGUCCUGCUGCUCCUAGUCACCAUCAGUUACUAUUGGCAAUGAGAAAAGCCACACCAUACAAUCCUGUCCCAUUCUUUCCAUCCAUUUCCCUUGUGCAAUCCAUGCCCAUGCGGCCUGAUGAGAUUUUCCAGUCUUCCAGCCAGGCUCCUUGGAAUAGUGCUGACAAGUUGAACAGUAACAAGUUGAUGUCAUCACGGCUUGGCUUGAAGACGUCACACAGUGUGUUGGGCAGGUCUUCAAAAGAACGAUUUCUUUUAGCAUUGUCAGCUGACAGAAUCUCAGGUGGACCUUUUGAAAAAUAUCUUGCAAGACAACCAGACAAGAAUCUUAUGUCAAACCUGCUGUUCUGGCAGGAUGUCACAGAAUAUGGUGCAACAGAAGACAAAUCUGCUGAUCGGUUGCUACGGUUACAGCAUGCAUGGUCAAUCUACAACAAAUAUUUGUCACAAGACAGUCCACAUAAUAUUAGUUUGUCGAGCAAAGACCGGGAUGAACUAUAUAAAAAUCUGCUGAAUGCUCGUGAUUUUGUUGAUUCGUCUGUCUAUGAUACUGCCAAAUAUCAAGCAGUUCAGAAGUUGGAAGACAACUGGAUUCGCUUCUUGAAGGAGGAUUUGAAGGCUUUCUUAGAUUGCCGGGUACGCCCUGAAGGUGGAAGUCCCCCAAGCACGGCUGAAGCUAUAGAAAUAAUCGUCACGAACACAGAGGUUGUCAUUAAGAGACCCAGGCCUUGGGUGCGAAGAUUGGAUCCAGUAAGGUAUGUUGCAUGGUGUGGUUCAUGUAUAUAUUGUGUUGGAAUUUGCUCCUUCAGUAUAGCGGGAGUUGAUAUGGGAACUUUUGUUGUUUAUUCUAAAUCUGUCUUAAUUUCACAAUGUGGCUUUAAUUCAGGAUUUUGUUUUCUUUGUGGUGGAUUUAUGGGAAUUUUUUUCAGCGUUUUGUAUCCUGGUUCUACAAUGUCAGAGCGUGCCAGGCGUCUUCAGAAAGCCUUGUCAUUGGCUGAGGACAUGGAUGAGGAAAGGUAUGCCAGGAACAAGUUGCUGCGAAAGGAGAAACGGAAAGAAAUGGAACGAGAACGGAGAAAAGCUGUGCGGGCUGCAUACCGCAGGCAAAGGGAAAAUAAGCUUGGAGCAUCAAAGGAUGGAAGAUCUAAAUCUGAUGUUGAUGAAGGGGAUCGUAUGGAGAUUGAAGAUACAGAAAAGGACUUUCCAACAUUUCUUGAUAUGCAUUCAAACAAACAAGUGAUGGCCAUGUUUCGAAAGUACCUCCAUGAAGAGGACAACAAAGAAAUGAUUCAUCUACAGAGUUUAUAUAAUGAUCUCUCAGCUCACUUUGAUCUUGAAAGCAAACAAAGGAAGGAUGUUCAUGCCACCCAUAUCUUCAAGACCUACCUAGACCAGCAGCAUAGUAAGAAGUUUAUCCAGAUGCCUGAUAAAAUCAAGGCCAAACUUGAUGGGGAGCAGGAUCGUCCUAAAACUGCGACCAUCAAAGAUAUGCAAAAACAUGUUUUGUCACAGAUUGAAGAGUGCUUCAAAGAGUUCCUAAUAUACCAGUCUGAGGAGUUUGGGGUGGCCCCUAAAGAUUUGUCCACAAUGUCCCAAGCGGAAAUAGCCAUGAGGAUGGGCAAUGAAAACUGUGGUACCUGGAAAAGGAAGAAGGGGAAAGGAAAAGUAAUGUGUUUGCUUUUUGUUUUGAAAUGUUUAAAUAAUAUAUUGUCACAUAAACAGAAUUCUACACUCAUUUUUAUUGACCAUUCUGUCGAAAUGCAUCUAGACUCUGUCACACUGCGAGUCUUUGAACACGAUAUAGACAGUCAGGUCCCCACAAAAACUAAGAGAGAAACUAAAGUCAGUUUUAGUCGAAAAAAAUAUUCCCGCCCACCAACUCGAGAUAGAUGGGGUCGGUCAUCGAGAUUUGAGCGGGGAUCGGGUCGUGUUCAGCCAACCCGAGAAGACAAGAUAGAGUUUUUGCACUCGCUGGGUGAGUCGGCAGCUGGUCACCUCACUAUUCCCAUGUUGUAUUUUUACAAGUACCUCGUCAAACACGGACAGCAAGACAACAUGCCUCAGAUUGACAAGGAUUUGUUCUUUUACAUUGAAGUACAGAAAUUUAAGGCAUUUAACCAUGCAUAUUCAAAUGAAGAUUUACUCAAGUCCAAAGUUCAGUCAAUGGUGGACUGUUUUCUGGAGUCUGUAACACCACCCUCUUUACAGAUUGACAUCCCGGCUGACUGUCAGAGUCGCACAUUAAAGGGGGCUAACCGCUACAUACAGGGCAAGGAGAUGGCAAGCAGCAUCUUUGACGAGGCUCAGUUUGCAGUGUUUAAAGAGUUGCUGCCAUACUGGGCAGGCUUCAGGAAGAAUACCGCCAUUCCUUCAGACAAACGAAUACCUGAAACCAAGUAUCAGAAAAUGGUCCGAAAACGCAGAGAAGCAAUAGAGAACUACCAAACUCCAAUAACAAACUUUGACCUUCCACCCAUACCAGAAGGUGCCAUGCCUGUCUACACUAUAUCAUUGUCUGACGGUGUCCGAUUCAAGAAUGAUUCACAGAUGAAAUCUUUACAGGAUUUGAGUGAUGACAGCUCAGUGGGUACACCGGCAGUUGACACCAGACCCAGUCGUAUGUUGGCCGGCAGCAUUGACAAUCUGCGGAAAACUCGGAAAUCAGUGUUUAGCUGAGAACGUACCAAUAGUGCCACAUUAUCUGAUGAGAUAAAAGUAUCACUGAUACUGAGAAUACUGUGAUAUAAAUAAUAUGAGAUAUGGAAAAGACUGUGAUACUGAUAAAAUACUGUGAUAGUAACAAUACUGUGAGAUAAGAGUAAAAAUACAUUUACUGUUGAAUGUAUUUCCUCUUAUUGAAAGAUAUAAGACAAAAAAUAAGAAUGCUGGACUUCAGUCACAGCUUUGUGCCAUAAAACAAUAUUCAUGCCAAUUUAAUUACCAAUUUAGAACAUCUCCUCAUUGUUCUUUUUAUGUAUGAAUUUGAGAUAGGUUUCUUUUCUUAGAUCCUGUAAUAUCAUAUUUACUGUACAUGAAAAGAAAAUAGAAAAUAAAAGGAAUGAUUAACAGUGUAUCACUGUGACACUUGAUCAGGAUGGUAAGAGAAGAAACAUAUUGCUACCACACAGGCUACUCCCAACAACCAGAAAAAAGGUCAUAUGCACCUUCCCAUAGACAGGACAGCACAUACCACAACUUUUGAUACACUGGGAAUUGUGGGUGAGGAAAAAACACCUCAGAACAAUUGAUCCAAGGAUGCAUUACAUUGUGAGGCUAGUAUAGUACUCCAUAUUUCAAGUCAUAAUAAGAAGAAAGAUUGUGUUUGUCUUGUUUUUGUUGUUUUUUGCACAUGUUCAGGUGAUGGAACCUGGUUACAACAUUCAUAGAGUAGAUGUCUGUACCAUAUUUUGUGAGGUGACUGUGCAGUGCAUGUUUUAGUUGUAACUUGUUAUUCUCCACAAUAUACACAGUGCAUCUUAAUGAAAAGAAUAUUGUUGUCUGCAUUAACAAAACUGUUAAUUAAAGAUAAUGUUUUUAAUAAUAAUGGUAUAAAUCUGUCGCCUACAUCAGAUGUAGAAAGUUGUACAAGUUCAACUUUUAUAAUUUUAUGUAAUAUUCCUCCAAAAUGGUUUCCAUCAAUGUGUGUUCUUGUAUCAAAGAGAACAAUAUAGUUCUGCAUGUCAGAGGAAUUAACAACAUGAAUUUGCAAAUUAUAAAUAUGCAGGUUUAUGCUAAAGACAUGCAGGGUAGAUAACCUAUUGUAUAAUGAACUAUUUGUUACAUUGUCAUCAUUGUGUCAUGUUUCAGUGUGUAUGUUAAUGAUUUGUAGAAUACUAUUGAAACCAGUUUUAUGUAUCACAAAGAAUCACAUCAUGUACAUUCAUGUUAAAACAAAAGUGCUCUUACUAUGAUUCCUUCACAACAAGCCAAAUGAAAUUUCUAUCUGAUGGUUAUUUUUCACUUGUUUAUUUUAAACUUUUGUCGAUCAAAGUAGGCUGGUUAAGGAUGUUUAUUAUGCUGGGAUGUCAUUGGGGAAAUCUCAUAUAUUUUCUGCACAGAAGUGUAAUAUUUGAAAACCACCAUUAUUAAUAAAAAAUAGUCUAUGCCAAAACCUUUUAUAAUAUAUUUCAUUAUGCCAUAUAUGCAUAUAGAUCUGUAAUAUAUGUCACUGUUUUUAUAAACCAUGUUUAGCCACAAAAUAAAGGCAUAAUGUUUUGCCAUUGGAAUGUUGAUUUUAGUGCAUUUUUCAGUAUUGUUUUAUUAAUGUUAUUGACAUUAAAUGCAACUAAACAUUGUUAAGAUUGCAAAUACAGUUUUCAUCCAGCCUAGAUUUGUUUUUAGUCUCAUCAGUAUUGAUAUUUGUUACCAGGUAAUGAAAUCCAUGUUUUAUGACCAGUAAAAGUAUUUAUUGAAUGAUCACUGUGAUAACACUAGACCAAAUGUUUUUGUUUUUUAACAUAAUGUUUUAUAUGCAAACUUUUAUAUCUUCUGUACAUAAUUAUGUUACUUUGAUACACACUUUGAUAUACUUAAAUUUCUUCAUAAUAUAUACAUACUUUGAUAUUUUAUUCACAAUAUCUGGAAUGGUUUGGGCAAAGUAAAAAAAUAUUAAUUACAUUUUGAAACAUUUUACUGAGUGAAAUUCUUUUUUCACAACAUAUUUUUAAUAAUUUUUCCUGACUUAUACUCUGGCGUUAGGGGAAAGAGUGUUCACGUUAAAGAGUUAUGUAACAAGUUUAUUCAUAAAUUAAAUACAGGCAGUCAUGGCCAGUUUUUCUAUUACAAUUGUUUCUGUUUAUUUAUUAAAACCAAACAAUCAAUCAAACAAUAUAAAUUGGUCGUUAGGUUACAGUGAGAGAAGAGAGAUGUUGAUGAGUGUUAUGUAAUUUAGAGGGUCUUGGUCUUACAAAAUGUUAUAUGGGAGAAGGGGGUAAAAACAGUGGACAGAUUGUAUGUUAUGUAAUUGUUAAAGUUUCCUACAGUGUUCAAAUUAAUAAAGCUCUUUUACGAAGUUUAUUAAAAAAGUAUCCGACCUUAGGCCUGGGAAAAAAAGUAGCUUAAAUUUUGGGUUCCAUCUCUAUCUCCUUUGCAGUAGGCCCCUUGCGACUCCACACGCUUAGUCCAGCAGUCCUUCCAUUGCUGGAAACAUUUCUGUUAGUCCUGUUUUGGAAUGGCUGUCAGGUCGCUGUCGCGUUCUUCAUGAUGUCAUCUUGGCUCUCAAAUCGGGACCCUUUCAGUGGCACCUUCAGCUUGUGGAACAGCCAAAAAUGACAAGGAGCCAUGUCUGGAGAGUAGCGAGCCUGGCAAACCUGAGUAAUUCCAUGCUUGGCCAAGAAAUUUCGCAAAAUUUCGUUAAAAUGGCAUGUGCAGAACCUUCGCUAAUCUCAACAUUAUUAGCAAUUUCUUGGGCAGUCAACCGACAGUGUUCCAUUAUGAAAUUGCGCACUUGGUCAAUGACAUGUGGAUUUCGGCUUGUUGACGGCUUACCGGAACGAUGGUCACUGUCAACCAAAGUUUGACCAUCUUUAAACUGGUUAAACCAUUCUUUAAUUUGUGUAACCCCCAUAGCAUCGUUGCCACCAUGAACACCGGCUGCCUGGCAGAAACUGACUCACUGGGCGAGGCUGCAGAAAAUCAUGCAUACGCAUUAAGGUCUGCUACUGCAUUUGUCCCACUUUCGCCUCUCUGUUGCAACUAGUUACAGAGAGAAAAAAUAAGGUUGGAUACUCUUUGAACAGACCUCAUAUUGUUUGCUGUGAAAGGCAAACGGUGGGUUUCAAUAUUUAAUUAAAAUGAAGACAAGAAGUGUAUGUAAUAAAUAGAGAACCUAGUUACACAUUUUCAUUUCUUAUUUAUAACACUCUUUUUAUUGUGAGCUUGAACAUAGUAUAUAUUCUUACACACAAUCAACUUGUGCAGUAAAUAAGAAGUAAAUACAACUUAUAUAUGAUUCUGUAUAUUUAUUAGUUAUUUAUUCGUUUUUUUAUUUCAGGUUUUGACUUCUUUUUUUUAAUACUGCUUUAUAUUUCUUUCUUAUACUGUUAUUCAUGUAGAAGCCAGUCUUAUUGCAAUGACCAUUUUAUUUUAUUUAUCAACAGUUACUCCAUAUAAUUGUUAUAUAAUGUAUAUUGUGCAUGGCUCCAAUCAUAGGUAUGCUGCAUGUGUGUAUUAAAAAAAAACCACACUCCAAAACACCACCCAGACAGUAUGACUAUAACAGAAGUUCUUUUCACAUUUGUUGUCCAUGUUAUUUUUAUUUAAAAAAAAAAAAAAAGCCAACUUAUGCACUAUAUAUAUAUUGUAAAUCAUUUAAAGUCAACUUUCAAACUUACUUGCCCUGCAAUUUAUGUUUUGGUAACAAUAACAAAGAUUCUACACACCCAUAAAAACAAUUAACUGUGCACAUUUUAAUUUUUCAUCCUUCCUCGACACAUUCUGUACCUAUGAUCUGAAUCAUGCACAUAUAAAACAAUAAAAGCUAAAAUUAUUAA